AUGCAGGAGACGAACAACUUCUUGCUCUCGGCCCUGCAGCCCGAGGCCGGCGUCUGCUCGCUGGCGUUGCCCUCUGACCGGCAGCUGGAUGGCCGAGGCCGGGAGGCAGCCGAGGCCCAGAGGCUGCGCAGCGCCCGCGUCCAGGAGCAGGUCCGCAUCCGUAUGCUGCUGCGGGGGCAGGCGGCCGCCGCGCACCCCGAGGCCGCCGUGCUCGACCAGGUCGACGGCAGAGGUGGGAGACCGCGAGGCGGUCAGUAUGGCACGACCCUGCGCCCGUCCUUCAGCUCCCGCUCCCAGAGCAAUGGCUUGGACUCCAAAAGCUCGAUGUAUCAGUCAAUGGCCAAGAAAGACUUUGGCACGCUCAAGGGCAGCAGCUGGUCCUCACGGUCAGCGGUGGACCUCACGCCACACAAACGCAUGGCGACCAUCAGCAAUGGGGGCAUAGCGAAGGGCCGGGCCUACGGCACCGGCUACGCCAUGUCGCAGGCUGCCAACACCUCCCCGCGCCCCAGCUCCUUCCACGAGCGCAACUACCGGGCUCGGCAGAGUUUCGACACGCUGUCGCUGCGCUCCCUGCGGCUGGCUGACGGGCCGCUGCCACCCACCACUGCGGAUGACCGCUACAGCGUCAUCUCGGAUCAGCUGGACCCCAUAGGCCACCGGUCCCUCUACAAAAGCCAAGGCAACGGCGGCUUCACCCGCUCGUACACCUUCGAGAGGCAGAUGAGCGCUGGCUCCAAUGCAAAGAGCUCCUCCGACUGGUUGGAUGGCGGCGAGGUGCCCCAGAGCCGCACCAUCCGGGCGCCGGCCAUGCGCACGCUCCAGCGCUUCCAGAGCAACAACCGCUCCCGUCUCAGCACCAGCUCGUUUGGCAGCAUCCAGCCGUCCUCGCAGGCGGGCAUCGGGGGCUCCUACAUGGGCAUGGUGGAGCACAGCUCCCGUGCGCCCUCUGUGCGCAGCCUGGCUGAGUCCAGCCACCACCUCCAGGACCAACGCGGCAUGGAGAUGUACAACGGGCACAGCACGCUGCUCACUCAGCAGUCGGGAGGGUUUGACGACAUCGACUUGCCCUCCGCGGUGAAAUACCUGAUAGCCAGUGACCCCAACCUGCAGGUCCUGGGCGCUGCCUACCUCCAGCACAAAUGCUACAGUGACAGCAACGCCAAGAAGCAGGCCCGCAGCCUCCAGGCCAUGCCCAAGCUGGUGAAGCUCUUCAACAGCCCCAACCAGGAGGUGCAGCGCCACGCCACCGGCGCCAUGCGCAACCUCAUCUACGACAACGCCGAGAACAAGCUGGCGCUGGUGGAGGAGAACGGCAUCUAUGAGCUCAUGCGGACGCUGCGGGAGCCUGACGAUGAGCUCCGCAAGAACGUCACAGGGAUCCUGUGGAAUCUCUCCUCCAGCGACAACCUGAAGGAUCGCCUGGCUCGGGACACGCUGGAGCAGCUCACAGACCUCGUCCUGGUCCCCCUUUCUGGGCUGGGUGGCUCGGGCGUUAUCCAGCAGAACCCCUCCGAGGCAGAGAUCUUCUACAACUCCACGGGCUUCCUCAGGAAUCUCAGCUCUGCCAGCCAGCAGACCCGGCAGAAGAUGCGCGAGUGCCACGGGCUGGUGGAUUCCAUGAUCCACUACGUGAACAGCUCCCUGGAAGUGGGCAAGUCGGAGGACAAGAGCGUGGAGAAUGCAGUCUGCGUCCUGCGAAACCUCUCCUACCGUCUGUAUGACGAAAUGCCCCCCUCCUCCCUCCAGCGCCUGGAGGGCCACCGCAGGAACAAUGGUGGCACCAUGACGGGGGAGCUGGUGGGCUGCUUCAGCCCCCAGAGCAAGAAAGCACGUGAGCACUACCUGAACGCGGACAUCGUCACCUUCACAGAGGUCUCCAAGGACCCCAAAGGCAUGGAGUGGCUCUGGAACCCGCAGAUCGUGGGCAUCUACAACCGGCUGCUGCAGCGCUGCGAGCUCAACAAGCACACGACCGAGGCGGCCUCGGGCGCCCUGCAGAACAUCACUGCUGGGGACCGCAGGUGGGCGGGUGUGCUGAGCCGGCUGGCCCUGGAGCAGGAGCGCAUCCUGAACCCCGUCCUGGAUCGCGUGCGCACCGCCGACCACCACCAGCUGCGCUCGCUGACGGGGCUCAUCCGCAACCUGUCCCGCCACGCACGCAACAAGGACGAGAUGUCAACCAAGGUGGUCAGCCACUUGAUUGAGAAGCUGCCGGGGAGCGUUGGGGACAAGGCACCUCCUGCUGAUGUUAUUGUGAACAUCAUCGCCGUGCUCAACAACCUGGUGGUGGAGAGCCCCAUGGCUGCCCGCGACAUCGUCUACUUCGAUGGCCUCAGGAAGCUCUUCUACAUCAAGAAGAGAAGGGACAGCUCGGACAACGAGAAGUCCUCCAGAGCGGCGGCCAGCCUCCUGGGCAACAUGUGGCAGUACACCAAGCUCCACCGGGACUUCAAGGUGAAGGGGUACCGGAAGGAGGACUUCCUUGGCCUGUAAGGACAAACCCUGAGAGAAGGGACUGCACAGCCCUCGCUCUCCCUGCUGGGAUGCUCCUCGCUGCCUCCUGUGCCC